AUGGGAAAUUAAUGGAUUAAAAACUAUGAUAUAGACAAAAAACCAUAUCUGACUGGAGGCUAAAACUCAUUAUGGUAAAGUAAUGAAAAUUAGGAUCUAUUUAGUUCAUAAUGCUAAGAAGCAUAAAGAAGAAUUCUCUGUUUUUAUAUUUGAUAAAAGAAGUGUACAUAAGCUAGUCAAAAAUGAAAAGGAGAGAGAAAUGAUAUAUGCCACUUUAAGAAGAGAAGGAGAAAAGCUAGCAUCGGUUAGACAUCCUUGUAUUCUCUCAGUAAUUGAACCACCUGGAGAAGAUCAUAAAAGACUUGUUUGUGUGACAGAAAAAGUUAUUGGAACCUUAAAUUCUAUAAUCAAAAGUAAAAUUCAAAUUUACAUUUAGAUGAUAAAUUAAUUUCAUGCAGCAUAAUGGAUAUUAAGUUAAUUAUGUUGUAAAUUAUUGAAGGAUUAAGCUUUUUACAUAAUGAUGCAAAAUUAAAUCAUUUAAAUCUUUCCCCUGAUAAUAUCUAUAUAACAACAGAAGGAAAAGUCAAAGUAAUUAUUAUAUUUAAAUUUAGAUAGGAGGAUUCAUUUUCAGUUAACCAAAUCCUAUGGGCAAUUCCAUAAAUGUGGAUAUUGAUUUAAUACCUAAACCUUAUGAUAAAUAAUUGUAAUUGUAUCCAGACUUAGCCUUUAUGGCACCAGAAUUAACUUUGAAUCCAUCAUUAGGAUCAUAUUAAUCAGAUAUCUUUUCAUUAGGAUUGAUGUAAUUAUUAAAUAAACUACUAUAGAUUGGCUGGUUUAAUGAGGUUUCAAUUGUCAGGAAUGAAAGAUCUAAUUUUAUUCCAAAUAUCUCACAUCACCUAAUAUCAGUCUAGUUUUGAAUGUCUAUUGCCAUUUAUUUAAAAAAGCCCCUUUUUUACUCAAAUUUAAGAUCAAUCAUUAAAAGACCUGAUCAUUAAGAUGCUCAGUAAAGAAUUAAGUUAAAGACCUGCAAUUAUUGAUAUCUAUCAUCAUGAAUUCUUUUUAGAUCCUUUAAUCCGAUUGAUGCACUCACUUAAGUAAUUUCAAUAAUUCGAUUCUGAAUAACAGGCAGCUUUACUAAAAUAAAUAUCAAAAAGCAUUUAUAAAGUAUAUAUAUGUUAUAUUUAUGAGUUUGAAAGGUAAGUAAUCGUAAGAAAUAUAUUACCUAAUAUCAUGCCUUUGAUAACUAAUGAAAAAUUAAUGCAAAAUGUAAUAUUCAUUGCUAUUGAUGUUUCUAAAAUGCCUGAUUAAGCAGUUUAAGAGAAAUAUAUUGUUUUGUGUUGGAAUUAUAUUAAAAAGGUUUCUGGAUUACCAAGCAUGCCUGCUUAAGCCCUUUAUUGUUUGGUUUAAAACAUCAAAUAGUUUUAUGAGAUAAAAAUACCUGAUAGUGAAAUUUAAACUCAUCUAGUUCCACUAUAUGUUAAAUGUCUUGAAUCUGACGUUGCAAAACUCUAAGAAGUAGCACUAAGUCAAACUUAAAUGAUAAUGGAAAAGAUAGAGUAUUAAUACACAAAAAAUAAGGUAUAUAAACAUUUCAAUUUAAGAUUCUUCCUAGAUUACUAUAGUUAUGCUUGGAUUCAUCCAAUAAGGAAGUUAAUUUAUUGGCAUUAUAAGUAUUGAGCAAAACCUAACAUAUAUUUGAUAAAGUUUCUAUUUCAGAUAAUAUUUUGCCAACAUUAGAAAAGUUUAGAAAAAUGACAGCCCCUACCAAAAUAUAAGCAUAAUUACUAUUAGAAAUCUAUAAAUCAUUUUUAUAACACCUAAAUUAUGAAGUAAAUAUUAAUAAAAUAUUAGCAAAUUGUAACAAGAUUGCUUCCAUAAUUGUUACCUUAUAUAAUUGAAUUGAAUAUUGGGAAAUCAUAAAUAUAAAAAUAUUCAGAAUUACUUUAAAGUUUGAUAUAGAAAAUAGCUAUUGAGAGAAUGUCAUGUUUACCUGAGGAUACUGAGGAAUAAUAAUAGUAAUAAUAGUAAUAAUAAUAAUAAUAAUAAUAAUAAUAAUAAUAAUAAUAAUAAUAAUAACAAUAAUAAUAAUAAUAAUAAUAAUAAUAAUCAAAUCUAUCUUUUUAACAUUAAAGUUCAUUGGAAAGAUCAAAUAAUUUUUAAAGUAGUGAAUUGAAUUUAGAUCAACUUUAACCUCUAUCUUUAUAAUAAAAUAAAUCAAAUAGUAAUGCUUCUCCUAUUGUAGCAGGCAUACCAUAAAAUGGAAUUCAUGAAAUGUCUCAAUUAAAUAUUUCUCUUAAUCCGAUUUAGAUUGGAUAAGUUUAGUCAUAAGUAUAGACUUAUAAUCAAAGUUAUACUCCAUCAUCAAUUGGGAUACCAUAAAUUAAUUAUCAAUAAUAACCUCUUAAUUUUGAUUUUAACAUUCCAUUUGAAUAAUCUAUACCUAAAUAAAUUAAUAUUCAAUCAAACAUAAAUUUAUUAAAUUAAGAUGUAAUAAAAUAGAAAGAUUAAUUAAUAUAAGACUUUAACAAUCCUGUUUAAUUAAAUAAUUAAUUUAUCAGCUUUGAUAAUCCAUUUAAACUCAAUCAGGAUCAACAAUCAAAGGUUAAUGUUAAUAAAUAUAAAGAAUUUGAUAAUAUCAACCUUUUAGAUGAAUAACCUCCUUCAAUAUAAUAAUAACCAACACUCAUAAAUAACAUACAACCAUAAUAAUUUGAUUAAUAAUAAUAAUAAUAAUAAUAAUAAUAAUAAUAAUAAUAAUAAUAAGAAUAAACUAAUAAUAUAAAUUAGGAGAAAUAAAUGAACAUAAACAUUAACUUUGAUCCAUUUUAGAAUUGGGGGAAAUUCUGA